UCGCUUGCCGGCAGACUGGGGCAGGGCUUUCUGGAAGAUCCGACUCAUCUGAAUCUCGCCCUUGUAUCUGUCUGAUAGUGUAAAGUUUAUUCAGAUUUAUUCAUCACAUCGAGCCUCAUGGAUCCCAAUCGAAUCAUACAAGCUCUGAAGGGCACAAUAGACCCCAAUCUGAGGGUAGCGGCUGAGAAUGAACUCAACCAGUCCUACAAGAUCAUCAACUUCGCCCCCACUCUGCUGCAGAUCAUUGUGUCGGAUCAGGUGGAGUUUCCUGUGCGACAGGCAGCUGCUAUAUACCUGAAGAACAUGGUGAGUCAGUACUGGCAGGACCGAGAGCCCAUGCUGGGGGAGGUGGUCUUUCCAUUCAAUAUCCAUGAAAAUGAUCGUGGACAGAUCCGAGAAAACAUUGUGGAGGCCAUUAUUCGCUGUCCGGAGUCCAUAAGGGCUCAGCUGACAGUAUGUUUGCGUGCAAUAAUAAAGCAUGAUUUUCCUGGGCGGUGGAUGGGGGUUGUAGACAAGAUCAACCUGCACCUGCAGUCUCAAAACAGUGGAAGUUGGUACGGUAGUCUGCUCGCUCUGUACCAACUGGUCAAAACCUAUGAGUUUAAGAAGGCAGAGGAACGGAACCCCUUGUUGGCAGCGAUGCAGAUCUUCUUGCCCCGACUCCAGCAGCUGAUCACUCAGCUCCUGUCUGAUGCCACCUUCAUCUCUGUGCUCAUCCAGAAACAAAUACUGAAGAUUUUCCAUGCGCUCGUACAGUAUUCCCUCCCCUUACAGCUGAUCAAUAACACAGUCAUGACCCAUUGGAUGGAGAUCCUGAGGACAGUUGUGGAUCGAGACGUCCCGGCAGAGACUCUGAAAGCUGAUGAAGAUGACAGACCUGAACUGGUCUGGUGGAAGUGCAAGAAAUGGGCACUGCACAUCAUCACAAGAAUGUUUGAGAGAUAUGGGAGUCCCGGCAACGUUACAAAAGAGUAUUUUGAGUUUGCAGAUUUUUACUUGAAGACUUAUGCGACAGGAAUCCAACAGAUCUUGUUAAAGGUGAUUGACCAGUACAGACAGAAGCAGUAUGUGAGUCCUCGAGUCCUCCAGCAGGCAUUAAGCUAUAUGACUCAGGGCGUUUCGCACUCGAUCACAUGGAAACAAAUGAAACCACACAUGCCGACUAUAACUCAGGAGGUGGUGUUUCCUCUCAUGUGCUAUAAAGAUGAAGAUGAAAGACUAUGGCAGGAAGAUCCAUAUGAGUACAUCCGCAUGAAAUUCAAUAUUUAUGACGAUCAUGUGUUCCCGGCCACGGCCGCUCAGACUCUAUUGUGUAAGGCAGCCAGAAAGAGGAAGGAGGUUUUGCCUCAGAUCAUGGAAUUUUGUCAUCAGAUCCUUAUGGAUCCCAAUGCUGACCCCCGCAGGAAGGAUGGAGCACUGCAUGUAAUCGGUGCGUUAGCUCAGCCCUUGCUAAAGAAGCGGGUGUACAGGGACCAGAUGGAGCUCAUGUUACAAAAUUAUGUCUUUCCUCUGCUCAACUCAAAUCUGGGCUACCUACGGGCCAGGUCAUGCUGGGUGCUGCACUCUUUCAGUCCUCUGAAGUUUCAUAAUGAGCUGGUUCUGAGGAACGCUGUGGAGCUGGUGAAACAGAACCUGGUGGAUGAUAAGGAAAUGCCUGUCAAAGUGGAGGCAGCUAUUGCACUGCAGAUGCUCAUCAGCAACCAGGAGCAAGCUAAGGUCUAUAUCAGGCCGUUCAUCAAGCCUGUGAUGCAGGAAUUGCUGCACAUCAUUAAAGAAACAGAAAACGAUGACCUCACCAGCGUCAUCCAGAAAAUGAUCUGUGAAUACAACCAGGAAGUGGCUGUGAUAGCUGUGGAUAUGACACAGAAUCUGGCAGAGAUCUUCAGCAAGAUUCUCCAGAGUGAAGAAUACGAGGAGAGUGAAGAUAAGACAGUGAUGGCACUAGGGAUUCUCAGCACCAUAGACACAAUACUCACCGUCAUGGAGGACCACAAAGAGAUCACUCAGCAGUUGGAGAGUAUAUGCUUGCAGGUCAUUGGUCUUGUGCUGCAGAAACCCAUCAUAGGUAUGGCAGAGUUUUAUGAGGAGAUAUUGUCUCUAGCGUUUGGACUCACCUGUCAGUCCAUCUCCCCUCCGAUGUGGCAGCUUCUGGGUGUCCUAUAUGAAGUCUUCCAGCAUGACUGCUUUGACUAUUUUACAGCAGAUAUGAUGCCUCUCUUGCACAAUUACAUUACCGUGGACACAAACAUGCUGCUGUCAAAUCCCAAGUACCUGGAGGUCAUAUACACAAUGUGCAAAAAGGUCCUAACUAGUGAUGGUGGGGAGGACCCAGAAUGCCACGCUGCCAAACUUUUGGAGGUCAUAAUAUUACAAUGCCGUGGACGUGGUAUUGACCAGUGUAUCCCUCUGUUUGUGGAGGCCGUGUUGGAGCGGUUAACACGUGGUGUGAAGUCUAGCGAGCUGCGCACCAUGUGUCUACAGGUGGUCAUCGCAGCUCUGUACUACAACCCCACCCUGCUCAUACACAAACUGGAGAACAUCCGCUUCCCUCACAGCCCUGAGCCAAUCACAGCACAGUUCAUCAACCAAUGGAUGAACGACACAGAGUUUUUCUUAGGACUUCACGACCGAAAGAUGUGCAUCAUUGGGCUCAGUGUUCUGAUGGAGCUGCCCAGCCGCCCUGCAGUCCUGGAGGAAGUGGCGGGACAGAUCGUCCCCUCCGUCCUGCUCCUCUUCCUGGGCUUAAAGCACAUCUACACCUCCAGAGUCCUCAACAAGCCAGAGCAGCUCUCAAGAGCUCAAGGCUCAGAGGAGGAUGAGAAUGAGGAGAUUCCCAGUGAUGAAGAUGAGGUAGGAGAGAAAGGGAUGACCCUGCAGUCAUCCAGCGCUUCCACCUGCAAUGAAGAUGAAGAUGAUGACGAUGAUGAUGAGUACUGGGAUGAUGAAGGUCUCGAGGGGACCCCAUUAGAAGAAUAUAGUACACCACUGGACUACGACAACGGAGAGGAUGAAUACCAGUUCUUUACCGCCUCCCUGCUCCGUGUUCAAAGUUCAGAUGCAGGCUGGUAUCAGUCCCUUACGUCCUCUCUAAGCGAAGACCAGAAAAAACAACUGCAGGAGAUCUACAAUAUUGCCCAGCAGAGGAGGAGCGCAGGAGUCAAAGUACUGUGAAGAAAUGUUUCAGUUAUUCCUAGACAAUUCAUAGAGAGAGAGAGAGAGCCGAGACUUUGGAUAUGGAUCUGUAAGAAUUUACCCAAGAACUGGUUCAGACACCAAAAUGGCCCACCAUGACCUCUAGAUAUGAGAGUCAUCUCAGCUGGCAUGGGUAGGAUCGUCUUCAGAUCCAAGACUCUUAACAGGAAUAAAGAGAUGUGUAUAAAACUGGACAGAGAGGCCUUUUAAGGUCCUGUGAAGUUGAACACCUUCCUAGGAGCAGUUUGUGCAUCUCUCUGCCCAUCUGUGCAGAAUUAUGCAUGUUUGUGAUUGAGUGCAGAAAGAUUGUGUGUCUAUGUAAAUUAAUGUUAGAAAUUCUGUUUCUCUCAGUCUCAACUCAAUUUGCAAUGAGUCAGCAAGGAACUCGACCAAGACAGUGCAGUAAGACAUGUCAAAGCCAGCCAGAGAGACAGACAGACAGUUGGGACAGUUGAGGGGUUUAGGCUGUUGUUCAGUGCCUUCGGGGAUACAUGUUUUUGCCCAAACAGAUCAAAUGUGCACUGUCUAAAAUGUUAGAAGGAUGAUGUUUAUAUUUGUCAUAUGUUUGUAUGUUUCAGAGUUUGUUUUUGUAACAGUCAGAUUUUUAGAAUUAACUUAAGUCAUAAAAAUUUAUAAAAAACUAAUCAU